CUGCGAUUUAUUCUUCGGUAACACAAAGACUCUUCUUCGUCCGGUCGAAAGACUACCGUCAACUUUCGUCGUACGAAAGAAAUUAAAACUAGUACGGUUGACAGCACUCACGAGAUCAUCCGUUCGACGUGUCUAAGAUCCUCUCGAAAAGAAUAAUCGUAUGGUACUAAGAUCCUCUCGUAAUAAUCGUAUGGUACUAAGAUCCUCUCGAAAAGAAGGAGAGACGAAUGCAAACCUAUCCACGUCCAAACGGAAGCAAAAAGUCAAUUUGCAUAAUCCGAAGCUUAGAACGGCGCUUUACUCCGUAAAUACCGGGUGACGACCAAUGAGGCACGAUCCCAAUGGCAAUUCGGAUCCUUUGGUAUUUGGUAACUGCUCAGCCGCGGUUCGGAUACGAAAUACAACUGUGGACGACGGCCGUGCGUUUGCCCAAAGACGAUAAAAACACGGUUAUGUGUGGUGAUGGAUGUGCGGGGCAUUCACGACCGUCGAAACACUUAAAAUAUUGAAAAUGCAUCUCCUAUUUGUGUAAAAGGCGCACAGCAGAUCAAACUCCACCGUCAUUUUCUGUCAGGAACGCGCCGAUUAAUUCGUGGACGGGAAAGUAAUUUUCGGAAUAAUCGAGCCAUUCGACCAGUCAGCAAUUUCGCAAUCCGCUUUCGAAAAAUGCGUAAAUCGAGUCGCCACCACAAAAACUCGUAUUCGUUCGUCCUUCUUCUUCCAGGAGGUACCGCACUCAACGCGCCCCGGAUACAAUCGUUCUGUAGUGAAGAAGACCUCGACCGGAUCCGGAAGAAGAAUUCUUCCACUUUCCCGGGAAGUGCGUCAGGAUGGCCAAUCCGGUGGAGAUCGCCCCCAUCGCGCCCUCCCGAGAUGGGAAGAGGGAACCCACUUUCCGCGCGGGAUCUUCCGUCGGAACCUUUGACAGGAAAGAGUGGGAGGCCAUCUACAGUAUUCGAGAAACCAACCGAGAUUCCAGGAGCUUCCAGGAGAAAGUGUAUGACUUCGUCGAUCGGCCCAAGGGAUGCCGAGCCUUCGCUUAUCACUUCCUGGUUCUUUCUGGUGUUGAUCUGCUAUCUGUUCGGGGUGUUGUCUACCGUUCCCGAAUACUCGGAGUCGGCGGAGAGCGUCCUCUAUUACCUGGAGAGGACGGUGGUAUCCAUCUUCGGAGCCGAAUUCUUACUGAGGUUGUGGGCGGCCGGAUGCCGCGGAAAAUACCGAGGAAUCAGGGGAAGGUUACGAUACUGCGCUCGAGCUCUGUCCAUUAUAGAUUUGCUAAUUAUCCUGCUGUCGGUCAUCUUCUUUACCGUUCCUUUCGGAGGUCAGAUAGUCGCCACUUCCGCCGUCAGAGGUUUUCGUUUCGUCCAGAUCCUACGAAUGUUGCACGUGGACAGACAGGGAGGGACCUGGCAUCUGCUUAAAUCCGUCAUCUACUCUCAUAGACAGGAAUUGAUGACCACGGUUUACGUAGGCAUGCUGGGCCUGACCGUUUCUUCUUAUUUGCUGUAUCUGGUAGAGAAGGAUUCCCACCCCGACCGAUCUUUUCAGACCUACGCCGAUUCUCUGUGGUGGAGCCUGAUCACCAUGACCACCAUCGGGUACGGAGACAAAGUGCCCUCUACCACCGCCGGCAAGAUCUUGGCCGCCAUCUGCGCCCUCUUUACUGUUUCUUUCUUCGCCCUUCCGGCGGGUAUCUUGGGAUCCGGAUUUGCCCUGAAAGUGCAGCAGCAGCAGAAACGAAAGCGUUUCAGUCGUCAGAUUCCUGCCGCCGCCACUCUCAUUCAGUGGACGUGGAGAUGCUACGCCACCGGACGUCACUUCCGCUCCGUGGCCUGCUGGAGGCUGCCCAGAAAAAUGGCGAAGGAAGGAUCGAUCUCGGGGAAGAGCCUGGGUUCGGACGCUCGGACAGAAGACACCUUCUCGUUGGUCGACUUCUCUCGCUACUCCGAGAAAAAGAAAUUCGACGCUGCUCGUUCUCCCUCCACCGAAGACGAGUUGUGGGAGGCGUCCGGAAGAUCUUUUUCCUCCGACCCGUGGAUCUCUAUCGACGGAUUCCCCCACAGCGACAGUGCCCCCGAAUUGAGGACGGCAGACGGAGAUAACCACCCCCCACCGGAGGCGGGAGGUCGAGGAGCCGUCUUCUCCGACUACGAGUUCACUGUCGAUUCCAACUUCUUCUACUCUUCCGCCUGCCGGGAAGAACUGGCGGCCUUCGGACACUGGCUGUCGCUGCGCGGAUCAUUGACAGAAGCGCAGAGAAACGCCAUCCGCGCCAUCGCCAGGAUGAAGUAUUACGUCGCCCUCAAGAAGUUCCAGGAGGCCAGACGUCCUUUCGACGUGUCCGACGUCAUCGAACAGUACAGUCAGGGAUACAUAAAUAUGACCACCAGAAUCAAAGAGAUCCAGAGGAGGUUAGAUAACACCUUAGGAAGACCUUACUACCCAAAUUCCAAGCUGAGAAAACCCGUCACUCUCGGAAAGCAGCUGAGGACGUUAAAAGAACAGAUGAUAGGCAUCGAGAAUAAAAUGGAUUCCAUAGAAAAGAAGCUCGAUGUCUUUCUAUCGACGACGAGUACUAACUUAAGCAAAAAACUUGCAAGAAAUUCUACCAACGGACAGACGACGGAAGAUAGUAGUUAAAAUUGCAAAGUUUAUUACCAGUUUAUAG